AUGUCCCAAUCCACUCUCCCCAAUGCCUCCGCCCAAGUCUCCGGACACGCCGCCACCUAUUCCUCCAGCGCCGCCGAACUCGCCAGUCUUAAAGUAGACUUGCGCGCCGCCCUGCGCCAGUUCCCGGACUUUCCGACCCCCGGUAUUCUCUUCGAGGACAUCCUGCCUAUUUUCGCCGAUCCCGCCCUUCACGAGGCUCUUAUCCGCUCACUCGAACUGCACAUUCUGGAGUCCUUUGGCGGCCAGAAGCCCGAUGUGAUUGUCGGCCUCGAGGCCCGUGGCUUCCUGAUGGGCCCUAGCUUGGCGCUGCGCCUUGGUGCCAGCUUCGUGCCCGUUCGCAAGCAGGGCAAGCUGCCCGGCCCCUGUAUCACCCAGGCCUAUGAGAAGGAAUAUGGCCAGGACUUUUUCCAGAUGCAAGAGGGUUCCAUCAAACCCGGUCAGAAGGUGGUUGUCGUGGACGACAUCAUUGCGACUGGUGGCUCUGCCUGGGCCGGUGGCGAAAUGAUCCGCAAGAUGGGUGGUGAUCUGUUGGGCUUCCUCUUCAUCCUUGAGCUGGAGUUCCUGAAGGGCCGCGACAAGCUCCCUGCCCCCGUCUGCACCCUUCUCUCAGGUCAGGCUUAA